CCGUAUUCAUUCGUGUAUGAUCCAAGUUCGCAUAGCUCUUUCAAUGUACACAAAUCCAAAAGAAAAAAAUUUAUAUGAUAAAAAUUGGCCUUCAGGGGGAAAAUUUUGGGAUUGUCCGAAUGAUGAUGGCAUGUCUCUGUCACAGCUUUAUUCCUGUCAGCAGACUCACGCUUAAUGGGCUGGGCCAAAACAAAGUCCAAUGAGCCCCUCAGAUCUCUCCGCUAUACUGCUUACACUUAUCCCAACGGUUCUUCCCUCCUCCAACUGAAUGUGGUCAUCACUGUUGAUCGCAUACAUUGCUGGAGGAUUCACACUAUUCCCAGUUGCCGCUCUACUCUUUGUAUUUGCAACCCAUCUCUCCUCCUUACUUUUUGAUUCCUCACUAUGGACACUUGGACUGAGCACCUUUCGGACAAGGAAAAUUCAUGUACAUAGAGUCGCAGCCGGUACCGCCGCCAAGGAAAACAUCACACCAGCACAUCAUGACUUGGGACAGCAGCUAUACAAAGUCGGCUGGUUGAGGGUCACUCGUGAAAAUAAUAGCGCUUUACCGGAACCUUCUCUGGGCGAUAUGGUGAUGGCCUUUAUCGCUAGCAAGACCAAUACCAGACGAAAGCCCGCCGCAGAUUACUAUUUUGCUGUUCUUCGAUAUACAACUUUGUUCCUGUACGAUUCAGAAAAGCAACUGGACUGCAAAGGAGUCAUCAUUGUUAGUAACCAUAAUAUCCGGCUGUAUCCAAAUGGCUUGCAGGAGCACGAGGUCUUCUCCAGACCCAGCUGUAUCAAGCUGGAGAAAAAAGCCUUUUCGGUGCCAUCCGAUCAAGACAAUAUUCCUCUCAUGGACGACGAUAGUGUGGAAAAUAGCUCCUAUUUUUUAAAUUGCGAACGAUGUAUAGAAAAAGAGGACUGGUAUUUCGCUCUUCGAAGAGCCAGUAAAUUGCCUGCCAACAAGCCGGCGGAAAAUCUCGAAAAAGUCCAGGAGCCAACACAAUUCGAUCAGGCAGCCAUGAACCAAUUGAUUGCCACCAUUCACAGCGACGAGCAUCAUUUUCAUACGCAAUGGCUUAAUGCCUUACUUGGUCGAGUGUUCUUUGCAGUGUAUAAAACCGACAUAGUGAAGCAAUUCUUAUAUCAAAAGGUCGUCACCAAGGUCAACAAGAUGAAUGAAAAGACGCCGCCUUUCUUGGGUGAUAUCAGAGUUCGGUCAGUGCAUGUGGGCCAGGCUCUUCCGUAUUUGACACAACCACGGUUGUUAGGGAUGGGUCCGUCGGGAGAGUUAACCGGAGAGUGCAAUAUCAACUAUGGCGGCGGUUUCAAGUUGGAGAUUGACACGCUGGUCAAAUGGAAAUACUCGGAUCGCCUUCGACCGCUCAACCUUAACAUCAUCUUAUCUUUAACUUUGAAGAAAAUCAAGGGUAAGGUGUUGUUCAAGAUCAAGGAGCCACCGACCAAUAGAUUGUGGUUUGGGUUUUAUGAACCGCCAGACAUGGAGUGGGUGAUUGAACCGGUGGUGUGGGACAAGCGUGUUGGGUAUUCCCUCAUCAUCAAGACCAUCGAAGCUAAAUUGAAAGAGCUUGUGAUGGAGAACAUGGUGUUGCCCAACAUGGACGACUUUCCCUUCUUCCCUACCGAUAGCGCUGGUGGCAUCUUUGGCCCUGACACGGAUGACCCUUACAGUAGUCGGACUAGCUCGCCUAUGUCAACACCACCAACACAACCUCAAGAUAAGAAACCAGAUGAAUUGGCUGUGAACAAUGCAGCGGCAGCGACAAACCCAAUCAACAAAGCGCUUGAACAUGCAUAUCUACAAGACAAUUCAGUUGCAUCGUCGUCGCACUCGUUGCCGGAUCUUAUUUCAGCAGCAGCACCUGACAUGCAUACACAGUACGAGUUGACGGCUAACUCAACCAUAGAAUCAAGCCAUAGCACAUCCGCAAAGCCAGCUCGAUCAAGCUCGACCACGACGCGACGAUGGUUUAGUACUACCAAGGAACGGCCUAUACCCAGCCCUACUACAUCUGAACCCAGUAUACCUGUGUCAACAUCACCGCUUCGACAAUCAACCAUAAUGAGUUUUGCUGGAUCGUUAUUGACCCCUCGACGAAAAGUGUCUCCCACUGCCAUAGGAAACGAAAUCGAGGAGCCGGCGCCUGCUCAACAAGAGAACAGCACCAAUGGUAUUGCCAUCCCUAAUCGACGCUCGGAUGCCAUUCUCGAAACAGACAUAUUGUCGACUACACCCGACUCAUUACACUCCAGUCCAUCUUCAUAUCUUUUUCAAGGUUACAGCUCAAGUAUUCGUAGCAUAGGAAGUGAUGAACAAAGUAGUGGUGGCGUGUUUUCAUCGUCCCUCUCCAUUUCUCUCAAUUCGCCUGCUUUAUCAUUCAACGAGAGACAUGCCGAUGACAUUGACUCACUACACCUCCCAGCUUCGUCUAGCACCACCACAAACCGACUACGCUCCAAGUCCACCGCAUCUCUCGCCGUAUCGGAAGUCAAUGUCAACGCACCCACUGUCCUGGGUGACAGCAGCUUGAACGGAUUACUUCGAGAGAAACAAAAGAGGAGAGCCGCACCAGUUGAACCGUCUGGAGAAAAGGGUGUGUCCUCUUUUGAUGGCGGGUCUCCAGACGAAGGAGCUUUGACAGCUGCCUAGGAUUAGACCGAGGCAAACUGUAUGUACAUUUUUUUUUAUUCUUAUUUUUUGUUGCUCAGUGUUCUACGCUCUUCAUUCUAGACAUUUCUCCGUCUUAUAUGUAUAUAAAUCUGUUACACCUUUCUCUAUACCCCGCAUUAAACCACCCAACGUACAUAUAAAAUGGAAGUGUAUUGGAGGAAAAAA